AUGAAAAAUCACGACGUGGAAAGCAAGCGUCGCAUCAUCAUCGCCAGGAUACCAGACGGGACACCAAGCGCGGCAGGAACGAGACAUCUUGCGACUAGGCACGAGCAACACAAGAUCCGCAAGUUUCGAGCUGGAAACCCGGCUUGGCGCAACUUCUGCAAGCCGUGCCACGAGAAGCACCUAAACAGCGGCGAUGGCAAGACAGUGAAGGCUUAUGGGAACUUUUGCUUUGGCUGUGGAUUUGCCCGCUCAUCUCACUUCAACAAGGAGAAUCCCAUCAAGCCCACCAAAAAGCCGAUCAAGAACUUUUGUGCUCAUUGCAUGAAACGUCUUUCCAAGAAAGCAGUCAUUCCGACAGAGACUUUGCUCGGUAGCUCUUCCGAUGAGAGUGAAGCGGAAUCGGAUGUGCCCGAGUUUGACGCAGAUCAACACGAUGGACAGAACCCAGAUCCUGCCAAUUGUUUUCGCACAACGCUCCAGCAAGAGAAGGCAGAGACGAAGAAAGAUGCCACAGACUGUUUUUUUGAGUGCAACGAAGCUGGAAACGAGUCGGAUGAGCUUUCUCCAUCGGAGUCUGUUCAAAAGCGACUGAAAAAGCGCCGUUCUGCUCGAGCAAGCGAUGCGGUACCUCUGGAAGAGGUUCAACCCAAGUCUCAGCGCUUUACGACCCGUCACGAUGAUGAUCUUGCGAACAACGUCGUCGCGGCAAGCAUUGGCCAUAAAGCUCCUUCGGUUGAGGACGUUCCUGAUACUGAAGCGAGUCCACGACCCGAGGACGACAUGCCCUCACACUCUCGCAGCUCGCCAGCCUCAAACCGUUCCACCUCUGCGACCACCGCACCCGCUACACCAAUUCAAACGACAGCACAGUCCCUGGCCAGCGAAGAUUGUGUUGACCCCGGUCCAUCCCUGAACUCGGAAACUGGUUCACCCUCCAAGCGAGCAAGAUUCAGUGAGCGUGUCGAGGUCCGCACAUCUCCGACUUUCUGGCAGCGCGAGCACCCCGAGGGUGAUAAUCCAUACGCGCAAUUCCAAUACGAGCAGUACAAUGAUGAUCUUCGCGAUGGAAAGAAGGCCGUUCCUCUCAAAGAUCCACUGAGAGACCCUGAUGGCAGGACUGCAGGAAGGUUUUACGUGCCCCUAUGCAGCAUUGACGACCACAGCUUCAACUCUUGGAGCAAUGAGGGUGCGGCAGGAUGGGACGACUUUGCUGCGAGGUUCACAUCCAACUCGGUCAAGGUCUCUGGCAACAACCCCCUUCAUUCUAGCACUUUCUAUACCACCGGAGGGAACCUUCCAAGGGAUUGUUCCACCAGCAAUGGUGACCAGUCUCGCCUCACCGGAGAUCGAUCGAAUCCAAGCAAUCGAAAACAGCAGCCGCAAGGCUCCGGCGAUUUCUGCUACGGCCAAGGAAAGGAGAAUCAGCCAUGCCCACCUAGUCCUAUCGCGCCAACCGGCUGGGGCUCACUGUAUGACUACUUUGAUGGCAACCAUAACUACGAGAACCAUCACGCCUCGGACUGGUCAUCCCGCCGCGAUGCUCGCCGCACUGAGCGAAACCAUGGCCCAUGUGCUAAUCAAGACGGUUCCUUUCGGAAUGCGCAAGAUCCAUACCCCAAUUGGGAUCAUCAGGUAGGCGGUGCACACAAUCAUUUCGAUUCCUUCAGCAGCUAUCCUGAUGAUUCUUUCGGAAGAUUCGGCUUCAAUUCAUCAUACGAUCCAAAUGAUCACGGGCGUUAUUCGGGAGAGGAUGGCUAUCACGGCGACUACAGCUCAACUUCCGCUCGUCAGCAAUACUACCAGGGCCACCAAUCAACUCCACCGAAAGAGAAGCGAUAUGGCUUUGAUUUUGGUGCUUCUGACACUCAUGAGAACCUUCAUGCUCGCUCCUUCCACGGCUUCUCUGUUCAUACGACUGACCAAGACACGACGACCGGGAACGGUGCUCCAUGCGCUGCUGAAGUUCCGUUCGAGUCAUCAACCACGAGCAACGACGCCCUUCAAGAGCCCAAGCUUCCUCCUAUCGGCAUUGUCAUGGAGAUUCCGGAUGACAUGUCCGACAGUGAUGUCCACACCCUUCUCAUCCCUGGCUGCGACGACUAUGUUCCCAUGGCGUACUGA